AAGGCGCUUUCCAGCUUGAGGAAUAGUGAGGAGAAACAAGGUCUUUGCAUUUGCAAAAAAUUUGCGCGUCGUAUGUGGUGCAAUUCCUGGUCCGGAUGAUGGAUCGAGUAUGUGUCAACACUGCCUUGAGGUUGGUUUUUCAUAUAUAGACCCCCGCCUUGCCCCUCUUGUGAGUGUUUGUUCAUACAACAUUUUUCAAACAUCAAUCAUCCAUCACACUCUUGCUCUCUACUACAACCUGAGAUUACUUUCUGCAUCUCUUCAACUAUCAACAACUACAUCGACCCGAAGCUAGGAUUUGUUUGAAAUCCUAAGCUUUAUACCAAAAUAUCAGCUUCACACACACAAACAUCCACAAGAAUGGUUUCAUUGAACUACCUCAUCACCGAGCCUCACCCCUCGGCUCCUAGAGGCAAAAACGCUUCAUACCUAGGCUAUGGCAGAGGCGGAGCAGGCAACUACGCUCGCUACAAGGCUGAAGACCUCACUGUCGGCCACGAAGCCACUGGACCUGCUUCCCGUGCUGCGAUCUCUCCUGCUCCUGAACACAAGAAGUACUUGGGAGGACGUGGUGGUAGUGGAAACGCAUACACCCGUCAAGAGAGCCAGAGAGCCAUGUUCUCAUUUGACGAGGAACUCGCCCGCGACCAGAAGCUUAUGGAUGCUCGUGCCAAAGCACCUGUGUAUCUCGUCGGCAGGGGUGGACAGGGCAACUUUGUGGAUGAGAUGAAGCCUUCUGCCAGCCGUCAAAACAGUGCUGCAUCCGUAUCCUCGAACGGCUCAUCGGUAUCUGACAAAGCCCGCCGCAAGCUUGGUGGUGCUUUCAGAAGCCUGAGCAGAACAUGGAGCAGAGAGUCUGCCCAGGAGUAGACUACUGUCUGAUCCUUCUUCUCUUCCUCGACGCCUCUCACGACAUCUUUACGACCACCAAAAAAGUUUUUGUCUUUCAUCAUCAUUUUCCAUCAUCAUCCAACAACCAGCGAGGAGUUCUAUCAUCCGGAACCUCGUGCAGAGGGCAUCCAACCAUUGGCAUUUUGCUUUACCACAACCAAGCGGGAUUCUUCUGGGAGUUUCUUUGAAUCAUAUCACCGAUACCCCUUUCUGCAACCCAUUUUCGAGAUGAGCACUUUGUGCCAUCUCUGCUGUUGCAGAAGCAUCCCUCGUGAGGGCUUUCUACCUUCUUCACUCUUCAAUUCUUGUUCAAAGAUAUUUUCUUAGCUACAAUUCAUAAUGUAUCAACAACCUUCCUCACUCAAAA